AUGAACCGAGAUGACGGAGCGUUCCUCCUUUCACACACCUGGAACCCCCUCCUCCAGAGAGCACCAGGCGACGGGAAUCGAGAUGUACCGUCCGGGUGGACAGAUGUGCCAUCCAUGUCGACAGAUGUGCCGUCCAGGUCGACAGAUGUACCGUCCGGGUCGACAGAUGUACCGUCCGGGUCGACAGAUGUACCGUCCGGGUCGACAGAUGUACCGUCCGGGUCGACAGAUUUGCCGCCCAAGGAGACAGAUAAGGGGUAUGGGUGGAGAGCUAAAGUGUCCAAGCAGAACUGCUCGUUCCACUCCCUCUUGGAGCAUCUUCAGCUGAAAAAGAAUUCGGACAUAUUGUCUAUGGUCCGCCCUGUGUGGAACUACUCCCAGCCCACAAAGGUGUACCUGAGCACCCUCAUUUACGCCAUCCUGGACGUGGUGAAAAAAGACCAGAGCAUGGUCUCCUUCUUAUGGACCUGAGUGUGUUGGUGGAAAAACGACUUCAUCUCGUGGGACCUUCAGGACUUCUGUGGGCUCUACAUGGUCUCCAUUCCCAUAGAAAAACUAUGGACACCUGAUAUCACCAUAAAGGAGAUGACCGAGAAGGACAAGUCCAGCGUGAGUCCGUUUCUGUAUGUCACAUACGAAGGCAAUGUGUUCUACAAGGAAGACCAGGUGAUCGUCAGCACCUGCCGGCUGGACAUCUACAAGUUCCCCUUCGACACCCAAAGGUGCAACCUGAGCUUCAGAUCGGUGCUGCUGAGUGAUCGUGAUAUCACUCUUCACGUGUCUGGUGCAAAUGAGAAAGAAAAGUGGACUGAGCGAGGCAUGGAGAGUCAGUAUGAAUGGAUCUUCAAGAAUGUCACCAUCAACGAGUCCAAAAUCUCCCCCUUCGGAUACAAACAGGACAUGAUCACCUACACUAUCGAGAUAGAGCGCCGUUCCGUUCUCUACAUCGCAAACUUCAUCCUCCCCGUUCUGUUCUUCUUGGUGUUGGAUUUUGCUUCGUUCCUGAUGUCGGACACUGGAGGAGAGAAGAUGGGUUUUAAGGUCACUGUGCUCCUCGCUGUGACAGUGAUGCAGCUUCUGCUCAAUGAGAUUUUACCUUCGUCGUCCGAUCAGAUCCCUCUGAUCGCCAUCUUCUGUAUCGGGGUCUUCUCUCUGAUGCUCCUCAGCCUCCUGGAGUCCAUCCUGGUCCUGUAUCUGAUCAGCCGAGACCAAAGACCGGACCAGGACCAGAGCACCCCCUACAGGCCACUCCAAGAUAUGAUCAGUUUGACUCGAGGUCUGGUUCCUCUGGAGUUCACUACAGAAAAGGGGGAGGUUUCAGAGCAGUUUCUGAGCUGCCUGAUGAAAAAUCUCCUGCAGAACCAAACCCAGGAGGAGGCUGUGGGCUACUGGACCAGGAAGGCCAGCACCAUCCACAGAGUGUUCUUCAUCUUCUACCUGACCGCCGCCGUGAGCUUCCUGGGGGGGAUCUUCUACAUGUGGACAGCCCCAGUGACAUAUGAAACAAAAGGAUAG